CCUCUCCCCCCUCUCCCCCCUCUCCCCCUCUCAUCCCCCUCCCUCUACACCUCUCUCCACUCUCUCUCCCCUCUCUCUUCCCCACUCUCUCCCCUCUCUCUUCCCCACUCUCUCUCCCCCACUCUCGCUGUUGAAAAUCCAACCCAUCAAGAAAUCCGAGAUGUACUUUCUUCAGCGGGCUUAAAAAUUGGAGUGGAAAAUAAAUACUACUGUCGAGAACGAAGCAAAGAGAUGCUGUACAGAGGCCGAAUUAGAGUGCAGCUUAAAAAUGAUGAUGGGACACCAUUUAAUCCAGACUUACCAACAAGAGACUCUAUCAUGCUUUACUUGGGACAGAUGAUUCCAAAAUUGAAAUCACGCUCUGGGAAACAGUCUGCUGCUGAUACGAAUCAGGCACAGUCUUCUGGUGGUGCAAAAAAGAAAUCAAAGGGAAGAAGAUAA